UACCCACAAUGCCGCACUUCAGCCAGCAACGAGGAAGUAUGACAGGGAAGGGAAAACGUUACACUCAUCUUGUGUUGUCUCUGCCUGGGUUGACUGUAGUGUGUUUUUCUGGUUAUUUCAUUAUUAUCACACAUCAGACGUCAUGGCAGGAAAGAUCCAGCAGCUAAGCGAGUUUGUGGUGAUCCGCAGCCUCAAGCGGUUCAGAGACACAUAUUUCCCUAACAGUGGGAAAGUUGACAAGACGCCUGUUAAAGACACGGGAGAAGAAGAGCCACGGCCGGGAUUUCUGGACAGUUUACCGGUGGACCUACAGUUCCUGAUCAUGACCUUUCUGUCUCCUGCUGAUAUCUGCUGCCUGGGAGCCACCAGUCGCUACUGGAGGGCCAUGGUUAGAGAUCCGUUACUGUGGAGAUAUUUCCUGCUUAGGGACAUGCCAUACUGGCCCUCCAUUGAUCACGUGACCAUGCCCCAAUUGGAGCUGUUGGAGGCACCGCUAAUCAAUGAGGACGAGAGCCUGGAUGACAGAGAAGAGGGUGAAGACAAAGGGAUGGACUUGAAAUUUGACUACAUGUCAGAAUAUCUUAAAGGCUGCCCAUCCUGCAGACAACAGUGGCUUCCAUCACGGCCAGCAUAUGAGGUUGUGACUUUGUUUCUUCAGUCUUUGGUGGCCUCAUCUGAACCACGUUACGCCAUGUUUGGCCCUGGCAUGGAGCAACUGGAUGUCUCUUUAGUCACAAGGCUCAUGCAUGCCCCAGAUGUACUUCCUGUGUCGGGCACUCCACACAGACAGAUAAAUGGUAUCGGCUCAGGGAUCAGUUACAUUUUCAACAACCAACACAAAUUUAAUAUCCUUACUCUGUACUCAACCAAUAGGGCAGAGAGGGAAAGAGCCAGAGUGGAGCAGCAGAGCAUCAGUAAUAAACUUUUUACCUUAGAAGGAGAAGAUGACUCAGGUUACCCAAUCUACAGCCCUGCUCCUCAGGUCCAGCAGGUGUGCCAGGUGGUGGACGGUUUCAUCUAUGUAGCCAACGCAGAGCGUGGGAUAGAUGGAGGAAGGUCAGAGGUGUCUCAGAUUCGGGCUGUGCUGAGCUCUGCUGGGGGUUCCACAUCCAGGCCUCUGCUGGUGCUCUCAUGUAUCUCCAGAGAAGAACCUGAAGCGAUUAGGACCACCAAGCAGCAAAAUAGUGCACACGGAAACACCACCAGGUGUCGAACUCCCUGUGUUGACAUGGCAAAGGGACUCGGCCUACCACAACUGGAUAACCCCUGGAUGGUGCAGGAUACAGUGGCAGAAUCCCUCUCAGGUCUUCUGGAUGGCAUUUCUUGGUUGCUGAGGUGCUCUGGAGUCAAACUCCAUGGUAGCUAAUUCCUUAACUCCAGCUGCUGCCAGAUGAAUUAAAACUACAGACCUUGUUGGUGCAUCAUCCCAACACCAAGACACACUAUGGUAUUUCCUUAGUAAUGUCUGCCACAUGUAUAACUGAAUGUCUCAGGACUGGAGCACUGCCAAUGAAAUUGAAUGAAUUGGAUGAAGUGAUGGAUUGCUGACUAUUAAUGGUCUGGGAGACCUGACAGAGACCCUGUUCUUACGUACAGAAGGAGCCAUAUGAAUAUGAAUUAUAGCAGGAUAGAAAGUUAUACAAACACCUGGGAGGUUCACAGUAACCCCACAAACUGGUUGUGCUGAACACUAAGUUCUAUGGAGCAGGGCAAUAAAUACCUUACUUGAAGGUAUGGUAACAGUAACGUAAGAGCACUGUAUGUUCAGUGCAGACAAGCAAGAUCACACAUUUAAACAGGUUCUAGAACUAGAAAAUAAAUGAGAAAAGCACUAACAUCCACUGUGUAAAAACUCACUUUCACAAUUAUUGGUGAGCUGCUUUGACAUUUUUCAAGUUUUAUUAAACUGUCAUAAUGUCAGUACUUGAAAAAUGACUUGUGUUAAAAACAGUUUCUGUUUGUGGAAUUAACGGGGUUUUUUUGCCAGGAACACUGGUUGUUCUUUUACUUGUGACUUCAUUUAUUUAUGGUUUGGAGUGUGUGCCAACAGCCAUCCUGCAAAAAAGUCAGCUUAUAUAACUUGUAGAAAAAAAACACGGCCCUCUGAUCAAUGAUUUGCACUCACACUACUGCAAGAAGAUGUGGCUUUUAGAGCCUUUUAGAGCCAGAGUAAUAUACAAGCAAUGGAAUUUAUUUACUUUAUUUUAAAGACUUUGUGUUUAUGCAAUUAAAAGCUGUUGCACUUUGAUAAAUGGAGAAUACUUUUCUGAUUUAAAAUGUUUCUAUGUUUAUUUGUUGCCACAAUUACUUUAUUUACAAUGUCUUCAGAAUUACAUAUUACAUAUAGGUUUCAAACUGAAAUGUCUGUUAAAUACCCAGAAAAUUAUUGUUAGGUAAUUACAAUGACAAAACUACUCUAAGUACAUGAGUCAUAUUCUCUCUG